AUGCAGAGCAGCCCCUCCCCUGCUCACCCUCAGCUCCCAAUCCUGCAGACACAGAUGGUGUCGGACGGCAUGACAGGCAGCAAUCCUGUGUCCCCUGCCUCAUCCAGUUCCCCAGCCUCUAGUGGGGCAGGUGGCAUCUCCCCUCAGCACCUAGCUCAAGAUUCUUUGGAUGGACCUCCAGGCCCUCCAGAUGGUGCCCCCGUGUCCCUGGAGGGCCUCAGCUUACCCCAAUCUGCUGACCUGGCUAACAAGGGCCCAAAGUGGGAAAAGAGCCAUGCUGAAAUUGCAGAGCAGGCCAAGCAUGAGGCUGAGAUUGAGACGCGGAUUGCUGAGCUCCGGAAGGAAGGUUUCUGGUCAUUAAAGAGGCUGCCCAAGGUGCCAGAGCCUCCUCGCCCCAAAGGCCACUGGGACUAUCUGUGUGAGGAAAUGCAGUGGCUCUCUGCCGACUUUGCUCAGGAGCGCCGAUGGAAACGAGGAGUAGCCCGUAAGGUGGUGCGCAUGGUGAUCCGGCACCAUGAAGAACAGCGGCAGAAAGAAGAGCGGGCCCGGAGGGAGGAGCAGGCCAAGCUGCGCCGAAUUGCUUCCACAAUGGCCAAGGAUGUGCGGCAGUUCUGGAGCAAUGUGGAGAAGGUGGUGCAAUUCAAGCAACAAUCUCGGCUUGAAGAAAAGCGCAAAAAAGCUCUGGAUCUGCAUCUGGACUUCAUUGUAGGACAAACAGAAAAGUAUUCAGACCUUUUGUCACAGAGCCUCAACCAGCCAUUAGCCUCCAGCAAAGCUGGCUCCUCUCCCUGCCUUGGCUCUUCUCACACUGGCUCCGCAGCCUCUAGUCCUCCACCGCCUGCUUCUCGGCUGGAUGAUGAAGAUGGGGACUUCCAACCCCAAGAGGAGGAAGAGGAUGAUGAAGAGACGAUUGAGGUUGAAGAACAACAGGAAGGCAAUGACGCAGAGACCCAAAGGCGUGAGAUUGAGUUGCUUCGACGUGAGGGAGAGUUGCCACUAGAAGAAUUGCUUCGUUCCCUGCCCCCUCAGCUGCUAGGAGGGCCUUCCAGCCCUUCGCAAACUCCUUCAUCUCAUGAUAGUGACACUCGAGAUGAGCCUGAAGAAGGUGGUGAAGAGCCCGCUCAGGUGUCGAAGGGUACCCCACCACCCUCUUCUAUCACAAAGCACAACAGCCAACCUUGGCAUCCUGAUGAAGAUGAUGACGAAUUUACUGCUAAUGAGGAUGAAGCGGAGGAUGAAGAAGACACCAUCGCAGCUGAGGAGCAGUUAGAAGGGGAAGUAGAUCAUGCCAUGGAGCUGAGCGAGUUGGCUCGAGAAGGGGAACUGUCUAUGGAGGAACUAUUGCAGCAGUAUGCAGGGGCCUAUGCCUCUGAUAACUCAGCCCCAGGCUCUGAGAGCAGUGAGGAGGAGGAGGAGGAAGAAGAGGAGGUUGAGGCGAACAGCUCUGAUAGUGAACCAGAGGAAGGUACAGAAGCUGAAGAGGCUCCUCAGGAGGACAGUAGCAGUCAGUCAGACUCUGCUGAGGAGCAGAGCGAGGAUGAAGACGAGGAGCAUUCAGAAGAGGAAGAAACAAGUGGUAGUUCAGAGUCUGAGGAAUCAGAGUCUGAGGAUUCUGAUGAAGCCCAAUCACAGAGCCAAGCAGAUGAGGACGAAGAUGACGACGACUUUGGGGUGGAGUACCUGCUUGCUCGAGAUGAAGAGCAGAGUGAGGCAGAUGGGGGCAGCGGGCCUCCUACCCCAGGGCCCACCACCACUCUAGGCCCUAAAAAGGAAAUUACUGACAUUGCUGCAGCUGCAGAAAGUCUCCAGCCCAAGGGUUACACUUUGGCCACCACCCAGGUGAAGACCCCUAUUCCCUUGCUGCUACGGGGCCAUCUCCGGGAGUACCAACACAUUGGACUGGACUGGCUGGUUACUAUGUAUGAGAAGAAACUAAAUGGCAUUCUUGCUGAUGAGAUGGGGCUGGGCAAGACAAUCCAGACCAUCUCCCUGCUUGCACACUUGGCCUGUGAAAAAGGUAACUGGGGUCCCCACUUGAUCAUUGUUCCCACCAGUGUGAUGUUGAACUGGGAGAUGGAGCUGAAACGGUGGUGCCCCAGCUUUAAAAUCCUCACCUACUAUGGAGCCCAGAAGGAGAGGAAGCUCAAGCGGCAGGGCUGGACCAAGCCCAACGCCUUCCAUGUGUGUAUUACAUCUUACAAGCUGGUGCUGCAGGACCACCAGGCCUUCCGCCGCAAGAACUGGCGCUAUCUCAUUCUAGAUGAGGCUCAGAACAUCAAGAACUUCAAGUCACAACGCUGGCAGUCACUGCUUAAUUUCAACAGCCAGAGACGCCUGCUCUUGACAGGGACACCCUUGCAGAACAGCCUCAUGGAGCUUUGGUCCUUGAUGCACUUUUUGAUGCCUCAUGUCUUCCAGUCUCACCGCGAGUUCAAGGAGUGGUUCUCUAAUCCUUUAACGGGCAUGAUUGAGGGCAGCCAAGAGUAUAAUGAAGGGCUAGUCAAACGCCUCCACAAGGUUUUGCGGCCCUUUUUGCUACGCCGAGUUAAGGUGGAUGUUGAGAAGCAGAUGCCUAAAAAGUAUGAGCAUGUUAUCCGCUGUCGACUUUCCAAGCGCCAACGCUGUCUCUAUGAUGACUUCAUGGCACAGACCACAACUAAGGAAACACUAGCUACAGGUCAUUUCAUGAGCGUCAUCAACAUCCUUAUGCAGCUCCGGAAAGUCUGCAAUCAUCCAAACUUGUUUGACCCUCGGCCUGUUACCUCCCCUUUCAUCACUCCUGGCAUCUGCUUCAGCACCGCUUCUCUGGUGCUGUGGGCCACUGAUGUCCACCCCCUCCAGCGGAUAGAUAUGGGUCGGUUUGACCUUAUUGGCCUAGAGGGCCGCGUCUCACGAUAUGAAGCUGACACCUUUCUGCCCCGGCACCGCCUCUCUCGCCGGGUACUGCUAGAGGUGGCUACUGCUCCGGACCCCCCACCCCGGCCCAAGCCAGUGAAAAUGAAGGUUAACAGGAUGCUGCAGCCAGUGCCCAAGCAGGAAGGCCGAACAGUGGUGGUGGUGAACAACCCACGGGCACCCCUGGGCCCUGUCCCAGUCCGUCCCCCUUCAGGCCCUGAACUCUCAUCCCAGCUCACCCCCGGCUCAGUCUCCCCAGUUCUGCCAGCACCACUGAUGAUGCCAGCCUCAACCAAUGGGCCCCCACUUGCUCCAUCAUCCCGACCCCCUGGCCCUGUUCUGUUGCCCUCACUGCAAUCAAACAGUGGUCCUCUUCCCCAGGUGUUACCAUCCCCUUUGGGGGUCUUAGGUGGGACUUCACGGCCUCCCACACCAACCCUGUCCCUGAAGCCAUCACCACCUGCUCCAGUUCGCCUUAGUCCAGCUCCACCCCCAGGCUCGUCCAGUCUUUUGAAGCCCCUGACAGUGCCACCAGGCUACACCUUCCCCCCUCCUGCUGCUGCCGCCACCAGUGCUGCUGCUACUACGGCUACUGCCACCACCACAGCAGUGCCAGUUCCAGCUCCCUCACCACAGCGCCUCAUCUUGACUCCUGAUAUGCAGGCUCGCCUGCCCUCAGGUGAAGUGGUCAGCAUCGGACAGUUGGCCUCGCUGGCACAGCGUCCAGUGGCUAGUGCGGGGGGAAGCAAACCUCUCACCUUCCAAAUCCAGGGCAACAAGCUGACUUUGACUGGUGCCCAGGUGCGCCAGCUUGCUGUGGGGCAGCCCCGCCCGCUGCAAAGGAAUGUGGUGCACCUGGUGUCAGCAGGGGGCCAGCACCACCUCAUCAGCCAGCCUGCCCAUGUGGCCCUCAUCCAGGCCGUGGCCCCGACCCCUGGUCCUUCCCCUGUCUCUGUGCUGCCUUCUUCGACCCCCAGCACCACCCCUGCCCCCACUGGUCUCAGCCUUCCGCUUGCUGCUAACCAGGUGCCACCAACCAUGGUGAAUAAUACAGGCGUGGUGAAGAUUGUAGUGAGACAAGCUCCUCGGGAUGGACUGACUCCUGUUCCUCCGUUAGCCCCAGCACCCCGGCCUCCCAGCUCUGGACUUCCAGCUGUAUUGACACCACGCCCCACGUUACCCCCUGGCCGGCUGCCUACGCCUACUCUGGCUCCUUCCCGGUCUCCCAUACCUACAUCUACUUUGGUGAGGCCUCUCCUCAAAUUGGUCCAGAGUCCUUCACCCGAAGUCAAUGUUUCUGCACCCGGAGCUGCUCCUUUGACCAUCUCUUCUCCUCUCUCUCUGCCAUCCUCAGUCCCUGGCCCAGCUUCUUCUCCAGUUCUCGUUCCCAACUCCUCUCCCCUUGGUACUCCUGUAUCCACCACGGUCCCAGUCUCAUCUUCACUCCCCAUCUCUGUGUCUACUACACUUCCUGCCCCUGUCUCUGCUCCGCUCACCAUUCCCAUCUCGGCCCCCUUACCUAUUUCGGCUCCGGGCUCGGCUCUCUUGACCACUGUGACUCCGGCACUAGCUCCAGUUGUCUCAGCAGUUCCUGGACCUCCCUCUUUGGUGCCAACUGGGGCUUCCCCAUCAGCAUCAGCCUUGACUCUUGGUUUGGCCACAACUCCAUCCCUGUCCUCAUCUCAGGCACCUGGUCACCCUCUGUUGUUAGCUCCCACCUCUUCACAUGUUCCAGGGUUGAAUUCAGCUGUCGCCCCGGCAUGCUCACCUGUCCUGGUGCCGGCUUCAGCUCUGGCCAGUCCUUUUCCAGCAGCACCAAACCCAGCGUCAGCUCAGGCUUCCCUUCUGGCUCCAGCACCGUCCACAUCUCAGGCUCUGCCCACCUCUCUGGCUCCUAUGGCGGCUCCGCAGACGGCAAUCCUGGCUUCUUCUCCAACUCCUCCUCUGGCUCCUCUUCCAGUCCUGGCUCCGUCACAGACUCCACUUCCAGUUUUGGCACCAUCUUCUACUCCAGGAACCCCUCUAGCCUCAGCUUCACUAGUGCCAGCCCCAGCUCCUGUGUUGGCUCCGUCAUCAACUCAGACUCUGAUCUCAGCCCCAGUUCCUUCACCUCUCCCGAGCCUGGCUUCUACACAGACACUGGCUCUAGCUCCAGCUUUAACAUCCCCCCUUGGUGGCUCAUCUCCAUCUCAGACACUGUCUUUGGGAACAGGAAAUCCACAGGGGCCUUUUCCAGCUCAGACGUUAUCAUUGACUCCAGCAGCAUCCCUUGUACCGGUUCCAGCUCAGACACACUCUUUGGCACCAGGGCCACCACUGGGUCCCACUCAGACACUGUCUCUGACCCCAGCACCUCCUGUGGCUCCUGCUUCUCCAAUGGGUCCAUCCCCUGCUCAUACCCUGACUUUGGCUCCAGCAGCAUCAUCUACUUCACUCCUGAGCCUACCUUCAGUACAAACACUGACCUUGAGUCCUACUCCGGUUCCGGUGCCCACCCUGGGCCCAGCUGCAGCCUCAGGACAGGCACCAGCUUCCCAGCCCUCUUCCCUUGCGGUUUCUGCAUCUGGCUCUGCUCCCUUGCCUGUCACCGUGGUAUCCCGGCUACCUGUUCUCAAGGAUGAGCCUGAGACACUGACAUUGCGAUCUGGCCCCCCCAGUCCUCCCUCCACUGCUACCUCGUUCAGUGGCCCUCGGCCUCGACGCCAGCCCCCACCACCACCUCGUUCCCCUUUCUAUCUGGAUUCUUUGGAGGAAAAGCGGAAGAGUCAGCGAUCUGAACGUUUGGAGCGGAUUUUCCAAUUGAGCGAGGCUCAUGGGGCCCUGGCACCUGUGUAUGGGACUGAAGUCCUGGAUUUCUGUACCUUGCCCCAACCUGUUGCCAGCCCCAUCGGCCCUCAUGCUCCUGGUCCCAACCACCCCAGCUUUUGGACUUUUACCGAGGCUGCCCGCAGGGCUGUACUCUUUCCCCAGCAACGACUAGACCAGCUGUCAGAAAUCAUUGAGAGGUUCAUCUUUGUCAUGCCUCCUGUGGAGGCGCCUCCCCCUUCACUACAUGCCUGCCACCCACCUCCUUGGCUGGCCCCCCGUCAGGCAGCCUUCCAAGAGCAGUUAGCCUGUGAACUCUGGCCCCGGGCACGUCCUUUACAUCGGAUUGUGUGUAACAUGCGCACCCAGUUCCCUGACUUAAGGCUCAUCCAGUAUGAUUGUGGAAAGUUGCAAACGUUGGCAGUGCUGCUGAGGCAGCUCAAGGCAGAGGGCCACCGGGUGCUCAUUUUCACUCAGAUGACCCGAAUGUUGGAUGUGUUGGAACAAUUCCUCACCUACCAUGGCCACCUCUACUUACGUCUAGAUGGGUCUACUAGAGUUGAGCAGAGACAGGCUCUGAUGGAACGGUUCAAUGCAGAUAAACGCAUAUUCUGCUUCAUCCUUUCGACUCGGAGUGGUGGUGUGGGUGUGAACCUGACAGGAGCAGACACUGUUGUCUUUUAUGACAGUGACUGGAAUCCCACCAUGGAUGCCCAGGCCCAGGAUCGCUGUCAUCGAAUUGGCCAAACCCGAGAUGUGCAUAUUUAUAGGCUAAUCAGUGAACGGACAGUGGAGGAGAACAUCCUUAAAAAGGCAAAUCAGAAGAGAAUGUUGGGAGAUAUGGCCAUUGAGGGUGGCAACUUCACCACAGCUUAUUUUAAACAGCAGACCAUUCGAGAGCUGUUUGAGAUGCCCCUGGAGGAGCCAUCUAACUCAUCUGUACCCUCUGCGCCUGAAGAGGAAGAAGAGGCUGUGGCUAGCAAACAGACCCAUAUUCUGGAGCAGGCUUUGUGUAAGGCAGAAGAUGAAGAGGAUAUUCGUGCGGCAACUCAGGCCAAGGCUGAACAGGUGGCUGAACUGGCAGAAUUCAAUGAGAACGAUGGCUUUCCGGCUGGUGAGGGGGAAGAAACGAGUCGGCCCGGGGCUGAAGAUGAGGAGAUGUCUCGGGCUGAGCAGGAAAUUGCUGCCCUUGUGGAACAGCUGACACCCAUUGAGCGUUACGCCAUGAAAUUCCUGGAGGCCUCUUUGGAGGAGGUGAGCCGAGAAGAGCUCAAGCAGGCAGAAGAGCAAGUGGAAGCAGCCCGCAAGGACCUGGACCAAGCCAAGGAAGAGGUGUUCCGUCUACCCCAAGAGGAGGAGGGACCAGGGACUGGGGAUGAGGUUUCUUGUGGGACAGGUGGAGGCAGCCACCGGCGCAGUAAGAAGGUCAAGGCUCCUGAGAGGCCAGGGACUCGUGUCAGUGAGCGUCUUCGUGGAGCCCGGGCUGAGAAUCAAGGGGCAAACCACACUCCUACCACACCCACCCAACAUAACCGAAGUGUGUCUACACCGCCCCACUGUAGUCCUGUCAGGGAGCGAGUGGCCCGACCUCGACCCAUGCCAGCUCCUGAUUCCCCAACCCCUGUCUCGAUCCCAACUCCAAUACCCAUUUCAUCCCCGAGUCCAGUAACCCUUCUUCCUGUCCAUGUCUCACCACCACCGCCUCCUCCCCCUCCCCCUCCCCUUCCUUCUCUCCCCCUUCAGAUUCCUCCCUCUUGUUCUCCUAUCCACAGUCCUCCCACUCCUGUCUCUACCCCCCCACCAGCACAUACACCCCCAGCAUCUCAUACUCCUCCACCAGCCCCUACCCCUCUCCUGCCUCCUUCCUCCCCUCUUCUGCUUGGUCCGUCUUCUGUGCCUCUUACCUCUCCAGACAUCAACCUCCCCUCGGGCUCGGAGCCUGAAGCAGAGCCGUGUGUACAAGCGUUGGCAUCUCCCAAGUCCCUGGAGCUCGCUGGCACAUCCGGUUCUGAGACUUCUUUGCUCACGUUGGUGUCCCCCACGGAUCUCUUGCCAGUUGCUGUUGAGGUUCAGCCCUUGUCAGAGAAGAAUGUUUGUCUUACUUCUCCUGCUUCUAGUCCAACCCUGGAGGCUGGCAGCAUCCCCAAUGGUCAAGAACAGGCCAUACCAGUACCUUCCCAGGGAACAGUUCUCUCAGUGGUACCUGAUGGCGAGGUGCCCAUGUGUCUGAAUGAGAGCAACGGAGUGGACCUCCCGCUUCCAGCAGCAUCUUAUGAGCCGCUUCAGAAGCCAGUGGAGGCUGACAGGAACGCUGAAGAGCUGGUAGGGGCCCAGACCCCAGUCUCCAGCCCAGAGAAGCAGCAGGAGCUUGUUCCAGCAGAAGUCGUAGCUCCCUCAACCUCAUCUUCAGUCUCCUCCUCACCUGAGAGUCCUUCACCUGCCCGCCCCCCCCGACGCCGCACCAGUGCUGAUGUAGAAAUUCGAGGUCAAGGGGCUGGCCGGCCAGGGCAGCCUCCAGGCCCCAAAGUGCUUCGCAAGCUGCCAGGGCGGCUAGUGACUGUGGUAGAGGAGAAGGAGCUGGUGAGACGAAGGCGACAGCAGCGAGGAACUGCCAGCACCCCAGCAUCUGGGGUCUGUGAGACAAGUACGGGCCCGGGAAGCCCAUCUACCCAGAGCCCGCCAGGGCAGGACCCGUCCCCUCCCACCAGUGGGCCCUUUGAAGCUCUUCCCCCAUCUGCACUGCCCACUCAGACCCAACAGCCCUUCAUCGCACGUCGUCGCAUUGAGCUGGGGGUGACUGGUGGUGGCAGCCCAGAGAAUGGAGAUGGGGCACUGCUUGCCAUCACCCCACCAGCAGUGAAGCGCCGGAGAGGAAGACCCCCCAAAAAAAAUAGAUCUCCUGCAGAUGCUGGGCAAAGAGUGAAUGAGGCACCCUCUAAGGGAAAAGCCAAUGGGGCUGACCUAGUAUCUGGGGCAGAGACCCUCAUUGUCGCGGAACCUGUUGUAGGGCCCCAGGUGGUUCUUGGGCCACCCCCACCCAGACCCCAGUCAGUUCACAAACCUGAGCCCAUUGUCUUGUCGCCUGUGGAGAAGCGACGGCGAGGGCGGCCUCCAAAGGCCCGAGAUCUGCCCGUCCCUGGGACCACCUCUUCUCCAGGGGACAGUAACGUAGAGACUAGGACACAGCCACUUGCAGUCUCACCACCCCUGCCAUCCUUCCCAGCACUCUUAACCUGUCCCACCGCUACUGUUGCCAACACUGUCACCACCAUCACUGUUUCUACAUCCCCACCUAAGCGAAAGAGGGGCCGACCCCCCAAGAAUCCACCAUCACCUCGUCCUAGCCAGCUUCCUGUCUUGGACCACGACAGCUCAUCUGUCCCUGAGAGCUGUGGACUGGGAAGGCGGCAGCAACCCCAGGGCCAGGGGGACAGUGACGGCAGUUCAUCUGAUGAGGAUGGAGGCCGCCCACUCACCCGCCUGGCCCGCCUGCGACUUGAAACUGAGGGAAUUCGGGGACGAAAGAGUGAAGGGUCCAUGGUAGUGGCUGUAAUUCAGGAUGACCUGGAUUUCGCAGAAAGUGGGGCAGGUGGUUUGGAAUUGACAAAUCCCAUGGUCUCUGCCCCAAAACUGCGCUCGACCCGGCUGCGUCCAGGGUCUCUGGUUCCCCCAUUGGAGACUGAGAAGAUGCCUCGAAAAAGGGCAGGGGCUCCAAUUGGUGGGGGUCCCGGGCAGACAAAGCGGGGCCGACCUCAACCUCCAAGCCCCAUGGGGCCUGAAGGUUCUGUAGAAGAAUCUGAGGCUGAAGCCUCAGGUGAGGAAGACGAAGGGGAUGGGACCUCCCGCCGCAAGCCUGGCCCCCGACGCCUUGGUGGGACCAACCAAGGGGACCAGCGCAUCCUGCGCAGCAGUGCCCCGCCCCACUUGGCUGGCCCUAUUAUUAGUCACAGAGGUCGAAAGGCCAAGACGUGA